AUGAUGUACGGAUCGGAGACUUGGGCAGCACCAUCAACGGUUAUGGAGAGGCUUGACUGUACGGAACGAAAGCUGCUUAGACGGCUACUUGGCUACUUUUGCCCUAGGAUAUGUCACAAUGAAGAUCUUUACGCAGAAAUUGAUGUGGUAUACCGGCGGAUGAUACGUGGAAAACACCAACAUCUUGCAUCGCCAUCGGAAGUGGCUAAAGUAAAUCGUCUUCGCUCCUUUGGUCAUAUAUUAAGGAGACCGGCAGAUCGCCCUGUUCAACGAGUUCUGAGGAGUUCGUCGGGUUCGAGCUGGAAGAAGCCACCUGGCUGA